AUGGGUGCGGUUGGACUCUGGUCCUUGGAUGCUGGUUCGGACUGCAGGAUCGUGGGAUUGCUGUGUUCGGUUGUGCUUGUGAUGAUUUAUGAUCUUAUAUGGCUUUCCAGUUUCAUUUUAUUGUCUGUGGAGGUAUGCAGGCAGGAUGAAUGUUGUCCUGGCUGGUCAGUGCAGAGGGGGUGGGGGGGGGGGGGGGGGGGGGGGGGGGGGGGGGGGGGGGGGGGGGGGGGGGGGGGGGGGGGGGGGGGGGGGGGGAGAGUGUGUGUGUAUGCCGGGUGUAGGACGUUUGCUUUGAUGCGUGCCGUGGGGCGAAGAUGUGGUAAAGGUAGUGUUUGA